AUGCCAUUCGCUCUACGAUACGAAAUGGAGCUCCUCACGAUGCUAAGCCGGUCUAUCAUUUCAAUCAGGCAAGAGAUCUUCGCACAGGGGACAUUGUCAGUGUCUUCGGCGAACCGAUCCUUAACUGGGAUGACUACUGUGUCACUGAGGACUUGUCGCAAAUGCGCGGGUGGAGGUGGAGGAGGCAGGGUGAUCCCCUAUGCGACGAGGCACUUCAGGCCAUCUUUCCAAGCUCAUCUUCAAGCGUGGGGCAAGAUUUACUCGCAUCUGUGGAGCAGUUUGCCAGCGGUCACCCAGAUUGUGUUAGCACAGCAAGUCUUCCUAGACAACAGUAUAGAAAUUGUUCAAGCACUGUUACACUUCAGCCUAGCUGGAGGCUUCGCGAGUCCUCGCAUUGUGCGCACGCCGAAGGCAGUCUCCUAUCUAGUUCCACAUGUCAAGAAGCCUGAUGCCAACUAUACUGAAUCAUCACAAGCCGCAGCGCGUGUUACGAGCGCCUCAAAUGAGCGCACAUUCACACGGCUGCUAGAGACGUUUCAAUUUGUACUGGACGUUCUUAACUGCUCUGCCACACCUCCUACGAAGAAAAGCCCGCCGGAUUCCUACCUUAUGCCUGGCGGCCAGGGCUUAGCAGUGUUCUCUACCAUCCCCAUUUGGUGCCUUCGUCGUCUUAGCAUUCCGCCAUCAGAGACGCACAUAUCUGCAUACCUGGCGCUCUGGCGGCACGUCGGCUUCUACCUUGGCGUAUCCCCGUCAAUCCUUCAGCACCACUUCCGUCACCCUGCUGCCGCGGACAAAUUCGUCGCGACAAGCACACUGCACCUCUUCUCCACAGAUGACCCCUCCACCAUCGUCGACGCGCCUACGGUGCCCAUCCUGCACACUGCGUCGAACCGACCGCCCGCAUUCGCGUCGUUCGAGUACAACUGCGCAUGCUCGUACUACUUCCUCGGCCCUGCGCUUUCCGAGCGCGUCGGGCUCGCACCACCACGCCUACCUGUGCUUCUACGCAUGCACACAGUGCUGCUCAUCCAGAGCAUCCCACACUGGUUCGCGCGGUGGUACCCGCGCCGCGGCUGGCUCGAGAAGCGGCGUGAGGUCAUGCGUGAGGGCAUCGCUCGUAGCCUACGGUGGAACCUCGGUAUGCGGCGCGUAUCGUUUUGCCCGCAGACCGAUGUCAUACCGAGCUUGAGCUUAGGCGAGGAUACGCCACUCGCCUCUGGCGUUGAAGAGGCGGAAAGUGUACGUCCAAAUCCAGCCGGUGCUGCGGUACUAGUGCGGGUUGGAGUAGUCGGCUUGGGCACAAGCUGGCUAAGCUGGACACGGCUGCUGCAGCCCUCAAAUAUGCCUUAG